AUGGGCAGCACCGACGGAUUCCAGUACCGCGCGCUCUACCCCUACCGCAAGGAGCGCGAGGAGGACAUUGAUCUGCUGCCUGGGGACAUCCUGAUAGUGAGCAAGGGGGCCUUGCAAGCCUUGGGCUUCAAAGACGGGGAUGAGCAGACCCCCAACCAGAUUGGGUGGAUCCUGGGCGUCAAUGAGCGGACCAAGCAGAAGGGUGACUUUCCCGGCACGUAUGUGGAGUACGUGGGGCCCGUGAAGAUCUCCGUCCCCUCUCACCGGCCCCGAGUGCAGAGACCCCUGCCCGCAACGCCGGGGGCCAGCGGCUGCCGGCUGCAGGACGCUCUGGAGCAAGGGUCUCCUCUCCCAGACUUGCAGGAGCAGUUCAGCCCUCCUGAGAUUGCACCGCCGCUGCUGGUGAAGCUUGUGGAAGCUAUUGAGAAGAAAGGGUUAGACAGCGAGAUGUUGUACAGGACAUCUGGCUCCGAACUGAGGCAAGCGCUGAGAACCGAAUGGACCCUGGGCGACCUGGAGCCCUUUGAUGUGCACUCCCUGGGCGAGGCGCUGCGAGGCUACCUACAGGACCUGCCCUCUCCCAUGGUGCCGGUGUCCGUGCAUGGAGACAUCCUUCGCAUCCUGCAGGAGAUCCCUCAGCCGGAGAAUUGCCGGAAGCAGCUGCUGUUGGCCCUGGAGUCGCCUGCGGUCCCGCUCCAGAACACGCUCACCCUGCAGUUCCUGCUCCGGCAUCUGGGGAAGGUAUCGCAGCAGGCUGAGAGCAACAGCCUCCACCCUCGGGCCCUGGGAGAAAUCUUCGGCCCCCUUCUCCUCCGGCUGCCUGGCGCCAGCCCAGAGCUGAGCCCUGACUUCUCCGUGCUGUUUCUGGAGAUACUUCUGCAGACGAAGGAGCUGGAGCUGGAACAGUUGCCUCCAGCCUUGCCUCCAAAACCACCUAAGCCAAAGCCUAGUGCAGCCAGCCUGGCCAACGGGAACAGCGUGCCCUUGCAGGACGCCGAGUGGUACUGGGGUGACAUUUCCCGGGAGGAGGUGAAUGAGAAGCUACGGGACACACCGGAUGGUACUUUCUUGGUGCGGGAUGCCUCCAGCAAGAUCCAGGGAGAGUACACGCUCACGCUCAGGAAAGGAGGCAAUAACAAGCUGAUCAAGAUCUUUCACCGGGAAGGGAAGUAUGGCUUCUCAGAGCCCCUGACUUUCGGCUCGGUGGUGGAGCUCAUCACCCAUUACCGGCACGAGUCACUCGCCCAGUACAACGCCAAGCUGGACACCAGGCUGCUCUACCCCAUCUCCAAGUACCAGCAGGACCAAGUGGUGAAAGAGGACAGCGUGGAAGCCGUCGGGGAGCAGCUGAAGGUCUAUCACCAGCAGUACCAGGACAAGAGCUGGGAGUACGACCUGCUGUAUGAGGAGUACACACGCACUUCCCAGGAGCUGCAGAUGAAGAGGACGGCAAUCGAGGCCUUCAAUGAAACAAUCAAGAUCUUUGAGGAGCAGUGUCAGACGCAGGAGAAAUGCAGCAAGGAGUACAUCGAGCGCUUCCGGCGGGAAGGCAAUGAGAAGGAGGUGCAACGGAUCCUCAUGAACUCGGAGAAGCUGAAGUCUCGCAUCACAGAGAUCCACGACAGCAAGAUGAAGCUGGAGCAGGACCUGAAGAAACAAGCCUCGGAGAACCGGGAGAUCGACAAGCGCAUGAACAGCCUCAAGCCAGACCUCAUGCAGCUACGCAAACUGCGGGACCAGUAUUUGGUGUGGCUGACACAGAAGGGUGCCCGGCAGAAGAAAAUCAACGAGUGGCUGGGCAUCAAGAACGAGACGGAGGACCAGUACUCCAUGAUGGAUGACGAGGAGGAGCUGCCCCACCAUGAAGAGCGGACAUGGUACGUGGGAAAGAUCAACCGCUUGCAAGCAGAAGAGAUGCUGUGUGGCAAGCGGGACGGCACCUUCCUGAUCCGCGAGAGCAGCCAGAAGGGAUGCUACGCCUGCUCCGUGGUGGUGGACGGUGAUACCAAGCACUGCGUGAUCUACAAAACGGCGACCGGCUACGGGUUCGCUGAACCCUACAACCUCUACGCCUCCCUCAAGGACCUGGUCUUGCACUACAAGCACACAUCCCUGGUGCAGCACAAUGACUCCCUGAAUGUCACGCUGGCUCACCCGGUCCUUUCCCAGCCACCAGCCAGAUGAGCAGCCUGUGCACAACACAACAGCUGCCUUCAGCUUCUCCCCAGGGUGCUGCUUUCUGGCUCUGGACUCUUUCGCCCUGUAUAGUUGAGUCUCUGUGCUCCUGCCCCACCAGAGCCUCUGAGAUGUCUGUGACCGUUCCUGGUGUCCCUUUUGGUCAGUAGCUGAAACCCGUGUUGGCUGAUGGGACAGAAAGGCUGGGCUGUUGACUCCCAGUGGGUUCCAGCCUCUAGGAGGUGGGAUCCAGUUGUGAUUGAAUUGCUGUGGGCGAGCACAGCCCCCUCCCCUUCCCCUAUAAGCAGGUCAGAUCCCCUUCUUGCUGGCAGGUCUCCCCGCUAUGCAUCACUGUAGAGCUAGAUUCCCGAUUCCUUGGUGCGCUACGGCGUCUUUCACUGCCCCGGCUGAGCAGUUGCGAGCGCUGCUCCGGUCGAGGGGCUCCCUGCCUGAGUGCCGGAGGAGGCAGAGGAGGAGGCUCGGUUGAGCAUGUGCAUCCUCCACUCUCGCUUUCCUCGGUGAUCUUGCAGGUUGCCGUGGUGUCUGGUACGAGGGGUGCUGCUCUUCCAUGGAGAGACUCAUUUGGAAAGGAGAAACCC